AUGAGCAAUUCAGGCUUGGUAGUGAAUAAAGUGACAUACACCGGUGUGCUGGUACUGGAGUUUGUGUCGGAGUGGAAGUCGUUCUUGAGUGAAAAUCAAUAUUCCUCUCAUUAUCUGGUUUAUUUCUCGGAACUAUCCUCAUUAGCGUCCAAUAUAGGUUACUUCUCAGAGUGGCCUACAUUUGCCUAUGACGAUUAUUCAUGGGAGACCUUAAGAUAUGGAAUGGAGAGUCUCAGGUUCAAAUACCCAGAUGUGGCGCGGGUCACUGAGACCAAAGAUGACGGCGAUUGGACCGAUGAAUUUAGUACGGAUCCUUCAUUUUAUUCCAAGGCGAUCGAAGCACAGGCUCUGGGGCUGCUGCGCUUGGAGAGUGUGAGAAGUGCUUUGAGAGCUAACAUGACCCUGGACGCUAGGUCGAGCGAGGUUAAGCAGCUGAGUUCAAAAACAUCUUCCAGUCACAAUACGACUUCAGAUAGCAACGCAGCGGCUCAGGUCGGCUACUAUGCCGCUGGUGGAGUUGCGGGAAUGGUCGCUCUUGCCUUGUUGUAA